CCGCCCAGCUGGGGCUCCGUGGAGCUCAGACCAGACGAGACGCGGCGCAGGAAGCAGCUCAGCUCCUCGCUCUGCUGCCUGAGAUGGUUCAGUGAGACCCUCUGAACAGAACCUCUGGGAACAGAACCGACAUGAGUAAGUUUGCCAAAGCUCUGUACGACAACGUGGCAGAGUGUCCAGAUGAGCUGGCCUUCAGAAGGGGCGACGUGGUCACGGUGCUGGAGCAAAGCGUGGCCGACACCAGCGGAUGGUGGAUGUGUUCCCUGCACGGCAGACGGGGUCUGGCCCCUGCAAACCGAUUAGAGCUCCUGCUGCAGACCUCCACUGCUGCAGAACGCCUUCGACACGACAGAGACAGUGAUGUCAAGGUGCAAAACAUCUACCAGAUCCCCAGUACACCCCGGCCCAUCAGCAGCCCUGCCUAUGAACGCAUGGACAUUGUCUACAAGGUCCCAUCUGUGCCUUUGUCAGCUUCCUGCAGUCCGAUCAUGUCGGCUCUGAGGCAGAGCCCAGAUGGAACGGCCAUCAACAAGCCUUCCUUCUGCAUGGCAUCCAGCCCAAAACAAGUUUACGAUGUUCCGCCCCAGUCAAGAGGAGCUUCCCUCCCUGUUGAAUCAUCCCCUUCCCUCCAAAUGGCAAUGCAAAAGCCUACAGCUUCAGUUCCAGAGACGGAGAAAAAAUCGGAGACUGCAGAACCAUUAAGGGGCAACGAUCAAAGAGACUCUUGUGUAUAUGCAGUUCCUCCACCCGUGGCCUCCGACCCAAACUAUGACAUCCUUCCUCGCUCAGCCACAGAACACCAACGUAAACUCUGCGCUGGAUUUAGCACACUUCCUUCUCCCCAGAAGCAGGAGUGGAUCUACGAUGUCCCAGCCGGGUCAGAGAAGCAAAGCAACAUGGAGGGCAACUAUGACACCCUGCCAGCCAGAGCUGAAUGCAGACACGUCUACGACACUCUUCCAGCUCGGAGAUCAAAUCCAGAUUUCCUGAUCUAUGAUACACCCAAUGCCUCCAAACUAUUGCCCCCACUUUCAGACAAACACCCAACAGAGAGAUUACCGCCGGAGCAGGACCACCUUAGCCAGGUGGUCAGCGAUGCUUCAGAAGAUCAUAAAGACCUGGAGAGAAGGGGCGAUCCAAAUAAAACUUUGGAGCACAAAAGGGUGCGCCUGCAGCGGAUGAGGAACUUUUUGGCUUGUGCAUCUUUCCCUGACCUUCCAGGUGGUGGGAAAACUCUGGUGGCUGGAGAAGAGCAGCUCAGGCUUUCUACUGAAGUUAACCAGAGGAUCAGCACAGCCUCCAGCUCUUCCACCAGCUCCUGUGACUCUCUGCCCCUGAGCUCAUCUUCCCCUGAGCCUCUUCGAGAAGUGACUCUCUGUCAGGAAGACGCCUGCCGAAAACUGCUUGAGCUUCAAGAGUCGGUUUGUGGGGCCGUGCCGCGGCUCAUGGACUUUGUAAGCAGCAACUGGAGGAGUAAAACCCACCUGGAGAAGCACCUCCAAGAAAUCCAGGUAGCAACAGAGAAGGUGGUGUCCGCUCUCACCUGCUUCCUCAACUUUGCUCUUGAUGUGAGGGGUAACUCUCGUCGCCUGACUGACACGAACCUGCAGGUCAGGCUCCACAAGCAGCUCUCCAUAGUGGAGGAUUCUGUUGUGAUCCUCCAACAAACGGCGAGCUCUCUCAACGCAACCGGUUGGGCCCUUGACUCCCUCUGCCAGGACCCGGGCCAGGUCCAGAACCCUGACCAACUGGACCGCUUUGUGAUGGUGGCCCGCACCGUGCCUGACGAUGUCAGGCGCCUUGUCUCCAUCAUCUACGGAAACGGUAAGCUUCUGUUUAAAGCUCCGCCACGAGAUCAGGAGCCUGUGAGCAGCAGGAGUCCACCACAGACCAAGGAAGGUCUGGAUAAACCAGAAUCAGAGUCAGGAGAGGACGACAACGACUAUGUAGAGCUACAGAAAAAGACUGAAGAAAGGAGGCCAGAAGAAACGAAUAAAGAAGCGAAAGAGAGCGUCUCACCAGUCUGCCAAAAGGCUGAGCCCAGAAGCAGCGCAGAGGAACAGCAGCCAUCCCUGUCAGAGCACUGCAGGCUCUAUUUUGGAGCUCUUCAAAAGGCCAUCGCUGGAUUCGUGGAGAGCCUUCGAAAUAACCAGCCACCAGAGAAGUUCAUCUCCCAGAGCAAACUGGUCAUCAUGGUGGGCCAGAGGCUGGUCAACACUCUGUGCAAGGAGGCCGCCCGUCGAGGCUCCUGCCAAAGCCUCCUGUGUAAGAGCAACCACCUGUGUGCGCUCCUCAAGCAGCUGGCUGUGGCCACCAAGAAGGCGGCCGUGUACUACCCAGACAAACAGGCUCUGCUGGAAGUCCUAGAGUUUGCGAAGGAACUGGCCCAGAGAGCGCAGCAUUUCCGUAAAUCACUCGCCCUUUAGGCACAUGAAAGCAAACAUGUCAUCCUUUAACUUUUUCUUUUUUCUUUUUCUAUGACCUCUGAGCCACAGCUGGUGAUAUGUGUUGAUUAGUAACAAACGCAGGUUUUCAAACGUUUACCAUAGAUGAGAAGUCGCUUUGGAGGACCUCCUUGCACAUUUAAGAUGCUGGAACUUUUCCAAUUUUAAAUGCAAUUUUAGAAUAGGGUUAUAGCUAUUCUUUUUAUACUUUACUAAACCUUCUGUAAAUGUGGUUUAUUGCGUUUGAGAUUUAAUUUUUUUAGGUAAAUGUGCCUUCUGUAAAUAUCUUUGUAAAGUUGCCUUAAAAACUGUUUUUGCCAUUUUCUUUAUCACGUUUGAGAUUUAAUUUUUUUAGGUAAAAGUGCCUUCUGUAAAUAUCUUUGUAAAGUUGCCUUAAAAACAGUUUUUGACAUUUUCUAAGCUUGACGUCAAAAAUGAAAACAAAAACAUUUUUAUCUGUAU